AUGAGUUUGACCACUAGAAAUCGGUUGGAUCUGCCGGAACUCGAAGUAGCGGAAAGUGGGAGCCGCGGCUUGGCGUGUCCAUUUUCUAAACAGCCUCGCAUCGAUCCCAAAAGGGCCUGGAGCGUGUUGGAGGCCGACGCCUUUGCCUCCAAACAAUACUCGCGGCUUUUCCCUCAAUUAAUCUCCGCCUCCACGCCGAGUUUGGCGUCGCCGACCUCAAGUUUUAUGUCCUUUUCGAGGUCUUCAGACUUUUGGUUGAUUCUCGAGUGA